UCCGUUCCAAUCUGUGGCGGGAGUUGUACGAAUCCGUUCAGGGCUGACGGCGCAAGAAUGUCUCAGGACGACGAGGCGGAGGCGAACCGGGCCAUGCUGGAUAGUCUCAACAGUUGGUCGCGGGAGGUGUGCCGCCGGGAGCUGCCUUCGGUGCUACCCCGGCUCCUCUCUAUGUAUCAGCAUUCUGAGAGAUGGAUUGAACACACACGAAUUUUGAAAAUCAUUACUGAUAAUUUUUUGCCUCAUAUGAAUCACAUGACACUGGAACAGACUUUCUUUUCCCAAAUUUUACCAAAGACUAUGAAAUUGUUUGAUAGAAUGAUACGUGAAUUAACCACUGAAGCCAGAGAACUCUCAAGCCAAAAUUUAGAAAUCCAGGUCACUCUAAGGAAUAUUUUACAAACAAUGGUGCAGAUCUUAGGAGGCCUUACAGGAUGUGUCCAUCAUGUCUGUACCACACAGCAAUCCAUCAUUCUAGAAAAUAUUCAUAGUCUUCCCUCAUCCAUCCUGCAUAUAAUUAAAAAGACAUUUGUACAUUGUAAGAAUAGCGAAUCUUUGUAUUCUGGACGCUUACACCUACUGUCAGACCUUCUCCAGUCUGUUUUCAGGGAGGCCUAUUCUCUCCAGAAGCGGCUGAUGGAACUGCUGGACAAGGUUUGCAUGGGCCCUUCCAUAGAUGAAAAUAACACUUUGUUGAUGGUAGAAGUUAUUCAUUCGUUAUUGGAUAUCUGCUCUGUGAUAUCUGGUAUGGACCAAGCAUUUCAUGCCAAUACAUGGAAAUUUAUAAUUAAGCAGAGCCUUAAACACCAGUCUAUUAUAAAGAGCCAAUUGAAACACAAAGAGAUAAUUUCUAACUUGUGUGAAGACAUUGUUUUCUCCUUCCAUUCUUGUUUGCAGUUAGCUGAACAGAUGACACAGCCAGCUGCACAGGAUAAUGCUGACCAUAGAAUAUUUCAGAAAUCACUCAAAUUGUGUCGUUUCUUGGCUAACUCCCUUUUGCACUACAUUAAGGAAUUUCUUCCUUUUCUGUCUGAUUCUUGCUGUACUUUACACCAGCUUUAUCUUCAGAUAUACAGCAAGUUUCCUCCAAGCCAGUAUGCUGCUAGGAUGUCCAAAGCACGGCAGGAGGAAAUAGCAGGUGCUUUCCUUGUGUUACUGGACCCACUCAUCAGUCAGCUGCUCACAUCCCAGCCUUUUGUACAGGCAGUUUUGGAUAGUAAACUAGACCUGCCCUGUGAACUGCAGCUCCCACAAGUCCUGCUCCUGGUUGUUGUCAUGGAUAAGCUGUGCUCUCAGCCUAAGGAUGUACAGACCCUGUGGUGCACAGAAGCUAUGACUAGGAUGUCCCUAUUCAAAGCCAUUUUCUACAAUUUUGAGAGGUGUUCUGGUGAACUGUCUCUGACUGCUUGUUUACAGGGAGUAGAGGGUAAAGGGCAAGCCAAGGCGUCUGUUACUUUAUAUCAGUACGUCUGUGUUCAUCUGUGUGCAUUUGUUGCUUCUUUUCAUCCCUCAGUGUUCCCUGAGCUGGAUGCUGCUCUACUGAAUGCAGUGCUUAGUACUAACAUGACCACCUCAUUGCUAGCGAUGGACGUGUGGUGUUUCCUUGCUCGAUAUGGAACUGCUGAACUCGGUGUGCAUCACGUCACCUUAGUGGCUCAUCUGAUAAAAUCCUGCCCUGGAGAGUGUAUCCAGCUUACCAACCUGUCAAUCCUGUUGAAGCGUCUCUUUUUCUUCAUGGCCCCACCCCAUCAGGUGGAAUUUAUCCGGAGAUUUUCUCCAGAAGAAGUGGACAACUUGCCUCUGUGGCAGUGUAUUUCCUUCCAGGCAUUAUCUGCUGAUCUUAGGAAACAAGCUGCAUGCGAUGUGAUCAGAGUAUGCACAGUGCAGUGCAUGGACUGGUUGAGCAGCAGUCAUACUCUGGCAGAACUUGACUCUCUGAACACAGCACUCUCUGCCUUGCUAACUGUGUGUAAUUCUGCUGGUGAUGCUUUGGAUAUUAGACAACAAACUACAGUUAUUGAAGUCACGGGUCAGCUUUGGGCUUUUAUAAGCAUUCAACAAGUACUAAGUCAACCCUAUGUUCAACAAGCAUUUCGACUUUUACUUCAGCUACUGACAUUUUUCAUCGAAACUGUAGAUCCACAGCUGAUAAGUCAGGUAGUAACUUUACUGACCUCACUACUUAAAUUGGAGCCUCCCGACCAUGUCUGCCUGGCAGUGCUGGAUUUUUUAUCUUCUCUGAGCAGACUUUUUAUACCUUCGGCUAUCCAGGACAAGGUGCUGCCCAACCUGCCUUGUAUCUUUGCUUUACUACUAGCCAACAGGAAUUGGCUGCUAGAGCAACAUACUUUGGAGGCAUUUACUCAGUUUGCUGAGGUAACAAAUCAUGAAGAGCUAGUUCCACAGUGUCUCAGUUCUGAAGACAUCAAGAACAAAGUUGUAGCCUUUCUGGAGAAGACAGAAUUUGUAGAUGAAACUGAAGUUGCCAGAGUGGAUCGUGUGAAACAGAAAGUCACUUUCUUGGAACCCACUAUAGAGGAAGCAGAUGGGUUGGCUUUACAGCCUUGUACAAAAAGAGCCCGGCACGAGUUCCCCUUUGAAGAAGAGUAUAGGUCAGCAUUUCAAGCAGCAGUAGGGGCUUUGGAUACAACUGAGUGGUUACUUCAACAGGCCCCUGCUCCAGCCUGGCUGCCAGUGGAACUGGAGGCACUAAAAGAAAAGAUUGAGAAGCUAAAAUGCUGUAUACCUGAGGGUAACACAUGAAUGGACUCUGAUUGAUUCUUCAUCAACUGCCUUGCCUGGAUGUUUUGUAAAUGAAAUUAUGAAUGUAAAUUAUGUUUGUACAUUUUCAUUGCACAUAUAAAAGCUUUUAUAAA